AUGCCGGCAUAUAGGCAACUUGUUGGCCCUAAAAUUAUCGAAAUCACAACUGAUAAAAUCAAGGUGAUCAAGGAGAGGCUCAAAACAGCACAAAGUAGACAAAAGAGCUAUGCUGAUAAUCAUAGGAGGCACCUUGAGUUCCAGAUAGGUGAUUGGGUUUUCUUGAAGCUAUCUCAUUGGAAAGGUGUGGUAAGAUUUGGUAAGCGUGGGAAACUUUGUCCAAGAUACAUUGGUCCUUAUAAGAUUGUGGAGCGAGUUGGUCUUGUCGCCUAUCGCUUGGCAUUAUCCCCACAGUUGUCUAGGAUACAUGAUGUCUUCCACGUAUCCAUGCUUCGCAAGUAUGUGGCUGAUCCUUCACAUGUGUUACGAGCUCAACCCAUUACACUCAGGGAGUAUUUAACUUAUGAAGAAGAACCAGUUCAGAUCCUUGACCUCCGUGAGCAAGCACUCUGA